AAUUAAGAAUCAAAUAUGAAUCGCACACGCCGCAACGUUGUAAAUAAACCAUUUGUUUCUGGUGGUAAUCCCAAUGCAGCUGCCGCUGCAGCAGCGGCUGCGACGCCGGCUCCGCAGCCAUUGGAAAAUGUGGAGACAACGCCGAUAACCGUCAAGGCAGAACCAACAACUCCAGCAAAAAUCAACAAUUCCCGCGAAGCGGAUGCCGCGGAUCAAAAUGUUAAGAUGGAGUCCAACAACGGCGAGGACUUUGAAGAUGAUAGAAUACCAUUAAAGAAAAUAUUCCAAAAACGCAAGAAGUCUUCGGAGAGGACGCGUAACAAGAAACUUCGUCAGAAUCGUCAAUUGCGCAAGUCCAUGGUGCCCAAGAAUGCGUUGAUGGCAUUGAACGAGGUAAAGGGCAUAAACAUCAGUGACUUUACGAUCAACAGUAACCCGGAUGGCGGCUUUACCGCUAUUGUCACUGUUAAUUCGGUGCAGUACGAGGGCAAGGGUCACUCGAAGAUGGCAUCAAAAAAUUUGGCUUGCGAAAAGGCUUUGCGCGAUUACAUUAUUGGCAGAAUGAUGCCAAGGCCGCGUUCAACACCAAAGACAGCAACUACAGGUGGCGAUGGAGCACCAGAGCCGAUGGUUACAAACGUUGGCGAGCCAUCUGAUACACCAGAAGAUGAUGUACCCAUGUUUAAUUUGGCUUCAUGCAUUUACAAGCUGUUUGCCGAAUGGGAACGCGAGGGUUUCGUUGUACCCGAAAUGCAUCCUUCAUGCGGUGGUAAUUCCAACGCUCAAUCAAAUGCCCAAGAUGCGCCAGCGGCCGCUGCUGCAGUUGUGCCCAAGGAGCCAAAGAAACCGCCUGUGCGGACUGAGCUGCCAGCCAGCUGGGAGACGAUGCAUCCAGCUACAUUAUUAUGCGUUAUGCGUCCAGGACUUUCUUAUGUUGAUCACGGUUGCAUUGGCGACAAACCAAAUAUUAUGCAGUGUCUGGGAGUUAUUGUGGACAAUCAGGAGUUUACCGCCAAUGGGCGUUCGAAGAAGAUUGCACGUCGCAAUGUCGCCGUUAAUGUCUGUAACAGUUUGUUCAAUACGAACUUCACAUACGAAGAGUAUUAAAA